AUGGCCUCCGGAACGAUCGCCUCGCCCGACUUGUUGUGGUUGCUAACGAAGAAGCACACCUCGUUCCAACACAAGCGAGUCGGUACGCCUCUCGUCUUCUCGAACGAGAAGGGUAACCUCAAGAACAUCAACGCGUUCAAAUACUCCGGUCUCGCCAACGCCAAAACGCUGCACAUCGAAUCGCGCGUACAAGGCGCCGGCGUUCGUCUCGUUUCUCGUGACCCCAAAGCUUCCCCUUUCGUCAACGCCUCGGCCUACACCCACCAAGGCGUCAAGACCAACUCGGGUCGUAAAGUGGCCGGACGAGUGGCCAAACAUUCCGGAUCGGAGGCAGGUCGUUUGGAUUUGAGGUCCGAGGCGCAGUCGAGGGCUUCGGCCGUGUUGCAGUCCCAGAACAAGGACAGGAAGGCCCAGCGUACCCGAGCGACGCGUGGGAACAAGAAGGCCGCCGUCGAGGCUUAA